AUGGCUGAUCCGGAAAAGAAAAUAUGUCGCUAUUUUAAUGCAUUGGGCGGAUGCUGGUAUGGAGACAAUUGCAAUUUUUUACAUAUUCCGGAUAAACGACCCCCAUGCAAGUUCUUUUGGGAUAAAUUAUCCUCAGGAUGUCGGUUUGGGGAGAAUUGCCACUUUUCUCAUGAUGGCGCUCCUCUCAGAACAGUAGAACAAUCAAACGGAAUAUUUUCUAUUUCGGAAGAUGCUCUUAAGGAAAAACCUGCGCCAGAAAAUGCAUCAGGCCGCAAUAACAACAAUAUGGCAAUUUCUUCUCGCUUAACCAUUACUGAUCCCCCAAAACCCAGCGAAAAGCAGAGAGAAGUUGACUCAGGUGAAGAGGUUACAAGCGGUGAAGAAAAGAACAAAGGUUCUGCUACUGCACCAACUGAAGGUUUUGAAUCAGAACUCCCAACAAACGAUUCAGAUUUGAUGCAAAGACUAGUUGACUUGCCUGAAUUUACUCCUGAUCCAAACUUCCAACAAGAUUACCUGGCCUUUGACUCCCAAAUUAUGUGCGGCACCUGCAAACAAAUUUUGGAAAGGCGAGGUAGCGAAAGCUAUUGCAACCUUCUAAAGGACCACUAUCUUGAGUGCUUCCUAGAUAAGGAAGGCGACCAUGUUAAAUGUGUCAAGCUGAAGGCUGCCCUAGACCCAGGGCAAAUGUACUGGUGCAAGUCUUGCAUCCUAAUCUUCGAAAAACCUUGGUCUCUCUUUCAGCACAUGGCAGACAAAGCCAAAGGAACCAAAGUACAACGUUGGGAGAAGAAAGUUCACCUUGAUUGGAUUGAUAGCGUUGCGGGUCUCAUGGCUGGUCACGAUUUGGGUCUCUUCAGUCUCAUGAAGCUGCGAACAGACCUUCGAAACCUUUUGGCUGACCAACACACAAUGGAAGAAGAAAUGGAGGCGGCUGCCGUAGCCGCUGCAGCAAUGGUACAGUGGCUGACUCCAAUAAGUAGUCCAUGGCGAUUACAUCAGAGGGAAAUGAUGCGCAAGAUCGAAAACCUUAAUCGUCACAUACUGCGCAGGGCAGGGGGAGCCGCAGCUAUUGCAAGGGCGGCUUUUGCUGGUGGCCCUAAUAAUUUUCCAUUUACUCAACAAGGUGGUAGCGGUGGUCGUUUGGGUGCUCGCUACUUACGAAAUGCAAAUCAGCAGUCCAUUGAGCCCAAUGUGGACGCCCCAGCUGAUCCGAUUACCCGAGAAGUCGAUGGAAGUGGACAACCUGGUGAUGGGGAUGCCGAUGAGUCUGGACGCGAUGAGCCUAAGAAGCCAUCUAAGCUAACUGCGGAGAACGUGGAAGAGAGUAAAGAGGGAGAAGUGGCCAUCGUGGAAGAACCUGAACAACACAUUGCAUGUGCAUCAGGAGAUCAUCCUAAUUCUAGUCAAACUCACCGGGAAAAACACCAGCCCCUGGGUGAGGGUGAGUCGGAACGAUAUAAUAACCAUAGAAGGCAGGUUGAUUCAAACAACACCAAUAGUGUUGCAAUGCCCUGUCCUCGGGGCGAUGUUGGUGUCUCCGGGGUUGGCCGACGCUUUUUCAAUGGAAUUGCCGGAGUUUUGAGUGAUAAGACAACUUGUGGCAAUGGAAGAGGUUUCCGUGGUGGGAUGUCAGCCAAUCGAAGUAAACAUUUUGGGCCUGGACAUCGGUUCAAUGACCGACCUUCAUCACAUUCCUUUUCGCAGUCAAUUCGCCACAUUACUUCUCCGACAAAGGUAGAUUUAAAUUGUGGCUUCACCGACGGUGAAGUUGAAGAGUUGCUGUGUCAGGGCAUAAAGCCUUGGGACAGUGAAGCUUCGGCUGCUCUUGCAGUACUCCACGGCGAAAUGGAUCACCUUAUAAACUAG